AUCUGGGCCAAAAAUUGGGGAUUGGUCCUGCUUUGAGCAGGGGGUGGGACUAGAUGACCUCCUGAGGUCCCUUCCAGCCCUGGUAUUCUAUGAUUCACUAGCUAUGUUCUUCUCGGGGCUGGUGGCAGUGCAGGGAGAAGAACCCAACUUCGUUUCCCAAAAGUCAGACUGAGUGGGUCACUGGAAAUAUUGUGCUGCUGCAAGAUGAGUGAUUGUGCUGUGGAGUCACUGAGCAGGACAAAGAAAGGCCCUUUGGCUGCAGCAGCCUUCCUAGCGCAGGGAUCAGAUCAUUAUUCACACCAGGGCAUGGAAGUUUGUGGGCUUGCACUAGGGAUACAUUUGGCUUCUUUCUUAUUUUGUUCCUUUCCCCGCCUGCAGUUGUUGUGGGCCCUCCCCUCUCAGGAGGGGGGCAGGACAGAAAUGUCUGCUCAGACAGCGGCACUUGAAGCUGACAGACAUGUCCAGCCAGCUCAGCUGCUGGGACAAUGUGCCCAUCUUUGGGUUGCUCUCUGAUUGCCAGACCGCCUCUUUCUGGCUGAGCCUAAAGAUAGACCCAGCCCAUCUCUCUCUCCUUCCAGCCUCUCUCUGCUGCAGGCUUUGCACAGCAACAUGGCGGAGCAAUGUAAUUAAUCAGCGCAGGGACAGCGAUCUGUGCACAGACCCUUUGCACCACAGGGCAGGAGUUACAAUUGCUGUGUUCGAGCCUUGGAAAUGGCUUUGCUGUGUUACAACAAGGGCUGUGGGCAAAGAUUUGAUGCCGAUAAGAACUCUGAGGAUUCCUGUGUGUACCACCCAGGUGUUCCAAUAUUCCAUGAUGCCCUGAAGGGCUGGUCUUGUUGCAAGAAACGAACCACAGACUUCUCAGAAUUCCUCUCUAUAAAGGGCUGCAUGAAGGGGUGUCACAGCAAUGAGAAGCCCCCCGAGCCCUUUCGGCCAGAGGAUACCUCAGAAAAGCUGAAGGCCAAGCCAAGCACAGAACUCAUCAUCCAAAGCCCAAAAUCAGCUGAGAAGAUGCAGCGUGAAAGGCCAAGCUCUGAUGAGCCAAGACAGCCACUGCUGAUUAAAGUGUCCAGAUCUCUGGAGCAGACCUUGGAGAAGCUGAAGCUGGCCUCCAAAAACCAAUGCCCAGAGGGAGAUUCCUUGUGCAGGGCAGAGGCCAUUCCGGAGGUCAGAACUGGCACCACCUGUAAGAACUCAGGCUGUAUGGCGAUCUACAAGGGGGCAGAGAAUGAGACGGAGGCUUGUAUUUUCCACCCAGGAGUUCCUGUCUUCCAUGAGGGUAUGAAGUACUGGAGUUGCUGUGGCAUUAAAACUACAGACUUCAGUGUGUUCCUGGAGCAAGAGGGCUGCAGCACUGGGAAACACAGCUGGCUAAAGAAGGAGGAUAAGAAGUUGGUUUCUUGUCGACAAGACUGGCAUCAAACCAGCAGCCAAGUGGUGGUGACGAUUUAUGCCAAGAAUCCUCUGCCAGCACUCAGCUCUGUGACAGCCAACCGCACUGUGAUUGAUGUCCAUAUCAUGUUCGAAGGUGACAAGGUUUUCCAGGCAAAGCUGGAUCUCUGGGGGGUCAUUGAUGUACAGAAGAGCUUUGUAAACAUGGUGCCCACGAAAGUGGAAAUCGCCCUGCGAAAGACCAGCCCCAUGACCUGGGCCAAACUGGAGCAUCUCCAGAGCAGCUCUCAGCCCAGACAAGACCAGACUGAGAAAGAUCCUAUGGAUGCUGAGGACCCCGAAGGAGAGCAAUGGGAGGAGUCAGAUGACAGCUUGAGCUGGUCAGAGGAGGGAGAUGAGGAGGGGGAGGAAGGAGCAGUAAGCAAAUGACAUUCAUGUAGCAUCUUCAAAAGAGAGAUUGAAGCCUCUUUCUUUCAAAGACAAGCACAUGGGACCCCAGAACCAUCUGCAGGUGAGCAGAUUGAAUUAUCUGGAGACUGAGGGCCAGCUCUGAAUUUAAAGCUGCUAGAGACACUGCCUCCCAAGUGUAAAGAGUUCAGCUCACCUAUGUCUCUCUGGCAUUGUCUACAGUGGGAUAUUUCUUGUACACUUAGGAGGAAGUUAAAUAGCAGCUACUAAAGUUUGACAUUUUUAAAUCAGCAUCCAGGUGUUUUAAAAGAACUGGCUGAGGACCUCACUGGACUGUUAAUGUUAAUUUUCAUUAAGUCCUGAAACACUGGGGAAGUUCCUAAAUGCUGGAAGAAAGCUAAUGUUGUGCCAGUAUCCACAAGGGUAAACCAUAUAACCUGGGUAAUUAUGGGCCUGCCAGUAUGACACUGAUCCUAGGAAAGAUAAGGGAGCGGUUGAUGUGGGACUUUAUUAAUAAAAAAUUAAAGGAGAGUAAUAUAAUGAAUGCCAAUCAGCGUGGGUUUAUGGAAAAUAGAUCCUGUCAAGACUAAUUUGAUAUCUUUCUUGAAUGAGAUUACAAGUUUUGUUGAUAAAGGUAAUAGUGUACCACAUAACAACAUUUUGAUUAAAAAAUUGGAAUGAUAUUAAGAGAGCACACAUUAAACGGAUUAAAAGCUA